UAUCCCCCCCUCUCUCUUGCAGGCUUACGCCAAGUUCGCUGGUGCCCCCCUCAAAGUGCACAAGAUCACUAACCCCUGGAGAAGCCCCACAGGUAGUUUGCCGGCUCUGAAAACUAGUGAAGACGGCAGUUUAUCGCAGCCACACAAAAUCAUCGUCCACCUCCGAAAACAGAAAUACAAUGCAGACUACGACCUGUCUGCUAAAGAGGGCGCUGAUACCCUGGCAUUCCUCUCUCUGCUGGAGGAAAAGCUGUUGCCUGCACUGAUCUACGCCUUUUGGGUGGAUUCCAAAAACUAUGUGGAGGUGACUCGGAGAUGGUACGCGGAGAACAUCCCCUUCCCUCUCAACUUUUACCUGCCCACCCGCAUGCACAGGUGUGCCCUGGACCGGCUGAGGCUCGUCCGGGGAGACAGCGGCCUGGAGCCCGGGGACGAGGCUGAGAAAGAGCUUUACCAGGACGCAUAUGAGUGCAUGACCCUACUGUCUCAACGACUGGGAACUCAGAAAUUCUUCUUUGGAGAUUUCCCUUCCUCGUUGGAUGCCUAUGUGUUUGGUCAGCUGGCCCCUCUACUGAAGGUCAAACUGCCCAACUGCAAACUGCAGCAGCACCUCAAGUCUCUGGACAACCUGUGCCACUACUGCAGCCACAUCCUAGAUCUCUACUUCCAAAACGAAGCCGGUGAUGGCUCAGCCCGAAAGGCCCCCGCUCCGCGAGGUGACGGCUCGGAUUUCGACAGCGAUCCGCACAAGCGCCGAAACCAGUUCCUGUCUGUACUGGUGGCACUGGGAGCCAUGGUGGGCUAUGCAUUCCUAACUGGGAUUGUGUCUGUACAGAGAAGCGAUCCUCACAGUGCACUGAGUGGGAGGAGAGCUCCACAGCUGGCAGGAGACGAAGCGGAUGAUGAGGAUGGAGAGUAGACCCCUGCUGGGGGGGCGGCUUAUGCUAGGGAAGGAUGAAAUAAAAUCCAGUAUUCUGAGCAUAAAUAAAUGUAUAUUCUGAAUAUAUAGAUUUGCUAAGGAGUGCUUACUGAGUUUUCCAAAUCCAUUUUCUUGUUAUCCCCUGCGUUGACUGGGAUACAGUGGACGUCACAGUUGUAUAAACCGCUUCUCUAAACUUGUUAAUAUUGUUUAGCAGAUUGCAUGUGCUGUGUCAGGUUGUGGGGGCGUCUCUGUCUGUACAUCCUUUCAUAGAUAUGCCAUUCUUUACUAUUCUGUACAUAUUGUUCAUUUACGUCUGUACUUAAUCUACUUUUGAAUUUACGUUUCAUAAACUCUACUUCUGAAUUUACAGCUCUGGCAAGGGAUCGAUACUACUGACAGCAGUAUAAUUAUUAUUAUUAUUAUUAUUAUUAUUAUUAUUAUGAGUUUUGUUUUUCUUUUAAAUACAGUGCUGUAGCUGAUCCCAUCCUGUGCUAUGUGGUUUAUUUGCAGCUGGUAAAAACUGCAACUCAGGAAGCAACAAUUAAUCAGUGGUGGUGUAUUUUAAAAAUCUUUUGCAUUAUACUGAAAUAAGCAAGAUCUUCAGCUGGAGAAAAGGGGGUUCAUGUAAUAUUGCUGCCAGUGCUGACAAAGGGAAGACGGUGGGUUUGUAAAGCCGCUGUGCACACUUACACUGCAGCAUCGAUCAUAAGAACAUAGGAAAGGUUACAAACGAGAGGAGGCUGUUCGGCCCAUCUUGCUCGUUUGGUUGUUAGUAGCUU